AUGUUUGGAAUAAAGAACUUGGGACAUAUUUUGAAAGCUAUCAAGGACCUACUGGAGAGGAGAGCACUGAGGCUCGAUCCGACUGCAUCACAUCUCGAGCGACUGGCAGCUUACGACAGUUGCAGAACAGCUUUAAUAGAUUUGCGAAAGUACAGGCAAUCGAAACUUUUAGAAGUAGCACAAGGAAGGAGAAGUCUGAAGAAGUACCGCAGGGAUAUUCUCGACUAUCGUGUUCCGCUGACAACAUUUCUAAACGAAGAAGGGCUCGCACAUCAUCCCGACAAAAGAUGGAAUCGAUCAAGAAGAAAUUCUACACCAAUCUCUUUUGCUCGUCAACACUCGUGCCAAACCUCGCCUACGCGAGAUACUUGCGGAACAUAA